AUGGCCAUUUAUUGCCUCGUUUACUUGGGACCAACCAACCCACUCUGCCAGGGGACGCUCCUGAAUGGUCCAGGCAGAUUCUUGCUUCUUCGAGACCCGAAAUCCGAGGUCAACCACUUCUCGGAUGCAGCGAGCCUGAGGAGUCAUGGGGUCCCAAAAGGUGGCUUUGUUCCGUUGCCUGAUUUUCCUCCCCGUAACCGACGGAUUAGGUCUGGCCGGUUCUCAACCCUGCCCUGGAUCCAUCCGGGCAUUCAGCCACGGGCUCCACUUAAAGCUAUUUCCGAAGGCGUGAUUGGUCUUGGCCACUGCAGCAAGGGAGUCGACACCUACUAUCGCUCGACUUUAGUCUACCUCAUUUACGAGAAUGACCCGAAGGUCAAUGCAUGCGUAAGCUCAGCUGGAUCUCUAGCGUGGCCCUUACUUGCAAGGCUACCUUUUCUGCAAGCAUUGUAUUGA